UCACUGCUACUUUUAAUACCCAUUUCACUCACUUUCUCUCACCUCUUCAAAAUUGAAAAAACAAUAAUUAGAAAAAGAAAAAACAAUUCUUUCUUCUUUCCCAGUUUCUACUGCUAUGAACACAACAUAGCUGCAUUCUCUCUCUCUCUCUCUCUAAAACCCUUCUUCCCUGGGCUUUUGGCUUUGGUGAUUAUUGGUGAUUGCAACAGAUCAGGUUGAGUUCUCAACUCAAAUGGCGUCUGCUUCGUCGGCUUCUUCGUCAACGUCCAAGCUCUGCUUCAAUUAUGACUGCAAAGAAUUCAAGUCCCAACCACCAAAGAGAGGUUGGACACUCCGUUCCGGAGACCUAGCCGAGCUUUGCGAUCGAUGCGGUUCUGUUUUUGAAGAAGGGAGAUUCUGUGAAAUCUUUCACUCAAAUGCAUCUGGUUGGAGGACUUGUGAGACUUGUAGGAAGCGGGUUCAUUGUGGAUGUAUUGUUUCAAGUCAUGCCUUUAUGUUGUUGGAUCCUGGAGGAAUUGAGUGCCUUGCAUGUGCCCGCAAACAUAUGGUUUUGCCAUCUAACUCGCCAUGGCAACAAUCUUUCUCCCUUCAAAAUCGUUUACCAGAAAGAAUUAGAGACAUGUCUGGAAAAAAUUGGAGUCAAUUAGCUGGAUCAGGUCCUGUUCCAUGGAAACAAGCACCGAGUUUGUUCAACUCAGUUUCUUCAUCUGACUUACAUCCAGAUGUGCCAUCCCUAGUUGAAUUGUCUAAUAGCAUUGACAAAAGGUAUGUCAUUGAAAGGUUACCUGCCUCGACCAUGGAAAAGAAAAAUGACGAUUUGUCUGGAAUAUCUGUUAACUGGAGUGUAAAGCUUGGUACCCGGGAAACGAUGUUUAUGAAUGACCUUGCAGGAAUAAGGAAUGAUGACAAACCAAGUUCAGGUUUAAAUAUGUGCCAGCAGCCUCCAUCUCUGAAGGAAGAUUCAUCUUCUCAACCAUUUGGUAUGUCUAUACCUUAUGCAUCUGCAAAUGAAAGAAAUGGUCAAAUUGGAGUGACAGGAAGUCAUUCACAACAAAUACAAACUCCCCCAGGAAAACAUUUCAGUGGCCUUAUGCAAUUAGCGCUUGACUCAUCAAGUGAAGCUCUGGUUCGUAAUGGACGGCCUCGGGCAGAUGCCCGAGGAAGAAACCAGUUAUUGCCACGGUACUGGCCCAGGUGUACUGAUCUAGAGCUACAACAAAUAUCUAUAGAUUCUAAUUCAGUAAUCACUCCCUUGUUUCAAAAAACCUUGAGUGCCAGUGAUGCUGGGAGAAUUGGGCGUUUAGUUCUACCAAAAAAGUGUGCCGAGGCCUACUUCCCACCAAUUUCUCAGCCUGAAGGAUUGCCACUUAAAAUCCUUGAUGCAAAAGGCAAGGAAUGGAUAUUUCAAUUUCGCUUCUGGCCAAACAAUAAUAGCAGGAUGUAUGUUUUAGAGGGUGUCACUCCUUGCAUACAGUCAAUGCAGUUGCAAGCAGGUGACACAGUAACAUUUAGUCGAUUGGAGCCAGAAGGGAGGUUGGUUAUGGGAUUUAGAAAGGCUUCAAAUGCCACGCCAUCUGAUCAGGACAAUGAAACAAAUAAGAAUGGAAAUGGAUUUUCUGCACCUGGUGAAGUUGAGUUAGCUGAUCCUAGUUCAUGGUCUAAAGUUGAUAAAUCUGGCUACAUAGCAAAAGAUGCAUUGGGGAGCAAAUCUUCAAUGCCUAGAAAGAGAAAACUCAACAUCUUGGGUUCAAAAAGUAAACGUCUAAAAAUUGAAAGUGAGGAUAUGAUAGAGCUGAAGAUUACGUGGCAAGAAGCUCAAGGCCUGCUCCGUCCCCCUCCUAGCCAUGUCCCAAGUAUUGUUGUGAUUGAAGGUUUUGAAUUUGAGGAAUAUGAGGAUGCUCCGGUGCUUGGAAAGCCUACAAUUUUCACAGAUGAUAAUACGGGUGAAAAAGUCCAGUGGGCUCAGUGCGAAGAUUGUCUCAAAUGGCGUAAAUUGCCAGCAAGUGCACUUCUUCAAUCAAAAUGGACAUGUUCAGAUAAUUCAUGGGACCCAGAAAGAUCUUCAUGUUCGGCUGCUCAAGAGAUGACAACAGAAGAGAUUGAGAAUUUGCUUCCACCUUGUAAUUCAGCUGCUUCUAAGAAAAUGAAGGCUACUAAGCAGGAAUCUGAUAAUGCUGAAGCUUUGGAGGGACUUGACACACUCGCAAAUUUAGCUAUUUUGGGAGAGGGUGAGUCACUCCCUACGUCUGCCCAGGCCACGACUAAACACCCGCGUCAUAGGCCGGGCUGCUCAUGUAUUGUUUGCAUUCAACCUCCCAGUGGAAAGGGCCCCAAACAUAAGCAGUCAUGCACAUGUAAUGUCUGCUUAACGGUGAAGCGUCGAUUCCGGACUCUAAUGUUACGACGUGAAAAGAAACAAUUUGAGAAGGAAGCAGAGACUACACGUAAAAAACAAAAGCAACCGCAUUCUCAACCAUUACAUUCUUCUGAAAUUUUUUUUGACGAUGAUUCCUUGCCUUGUAGUAACCCUGUCGAUAGUAGUAGCCCAAAUCAAAACAAGGAAGGUAAUGAGGUUUCUGACGAAGAUCCAAACCAGGUAAAAUCAUCUACCUCACCUUUUAAAGGCCAAAUCGACCUGAAUAUCCAGCCAGAGCGUGAAGAAGAGUCAUCUCCCGGUUCAGAUUCCGGUGGCAUGAUGAAAUCGCUCCACAAUGCUGUCGAGAGGUGUACGAAACCGACAUUGAACAGCGGUAUUGGAGAUACAUCUGGAAGUCAGUCACGUCAGGUUGCGGAUGGAGCCGGGGAAGAUAAACUUAGCAAUGGUGUAGCUCUCGGCAGUAGUAGUCAUGGUAGCAAGGAACAUGCACAAGCUUUGCCUAUGAAUAUGUGAAAAUUAUAGUGUACAUUUAUCACUUCGGCUUAAUGCUUGUUCAGGUGUACAUAACGAGGGGUAGGAAAAAAGGGCAAUUUGAUGAACAACUAUUUUGAUAAUAUAGACGGAAAACAUCAUCAUAGGCAUAGCAGUUUAUUUAGUGAAAUGCUGAUUGGGGUUUGGGUUGAAGCUAUUUAGUUUCUUGAAAGCUCACCAAUUCCACCUUAUUCAACAACAAUGCAAAAAAUGUAACUAACCCUAAUUUGUUCUACCGAUUUAUUAUUAGCCUGAAAGAUGUUUCUGGUAGAAA